AUGGCUGAGGCUGUUGUCACUGUUUUGCUGGAGAAAUUGAGCUCUCUCUUUCAAAAGGAACUUGAAUCAAUCAUUGGCGUGGAUGAAGAACUGAAGAAACUUUCUAGCACUUUCACUGCCAUCCACGCUGUUCUUGCUGAUGCUGAGAUGAAGCAGUUUACUGAUUUGGUAAUCAAAGACUGGCUGCGCAAGGUGGAAGAUGCUGCUCUGCUGUUGGAUGACAUCCUUGACGAGUUCUCCACACAUGAUCUUCAAAAUCAGAAUCAGCAACAAAAGGGUGGCUGGUUUAACAAGAUACAUGCUUCUUGCCAUUCUUCUUUUGGUCUGAAAAAUGCCAUGUUUCGUAGAAGAAUGGCUAAUAAGAUGAAAAGGAUGAGGGAGACAUUACAAAACAUUGCUGAAGAGAGGAAGCUGUUUCAUCUGUGUGAGAGAAUUGCAACCACUGACAAGAAAGCUGAGUUGAUGGAGUGGCGCCAAACCUCCUCUGUUAUCACUCAACCUGAAAUCUAUGGAAGAGAGGAAGAUAAGGAACGUAUUGUGCAAGCUUUGAUUCAGACUUGUGACACUGAGCGUGCGGCGGUGCAUACUAUAGUUGGUCUUGGUGGUCUCGGAAAAACAACACUUGCUCAGCUGGUCUUCAAUGAUGACAGGGUAACCAUGCAUUUUGACUUGAAGAUUUGGGUUUGUGUCUCUGAGGACUUCAGUCUCAAGAGAAUGAUCAAGGCUAUUUUGGAUUCGGCUUCAGUGAGUGUUAGCGGCAAUUUGGAUAUAGAUCCACUUCAGAAAAAACUUCAACAAGCACUUCAAGGCAAACGAUAUUUACUUGUUCUGGACGACAUCUGGAGUGAAGAUCAAGAGAAGUGGGACAGCAAAAUCUCUUGGAGGCCUUCUGAGGUUUAA